CGUGUUCGUAAAUGUCAGUGAAAAAUUUUGAUGGAGUGUGUUUAUUUUUAUUUUGAAUAAUUAGAAUAUAUUUUUUAAAUAAAAAUGUUUAAUUAAGAAAAGCCAACAUGUAAUGAAUAUUUAUGACGUAACAUUUUGAACGGAAAAUUUAAAUUAUCUAAAAUGGAAGAUCCCGAUUAUAAAUUAGAAAGUGUAACAUAAAAGAAAAUGAAACAGUAUCAGUGAAAAUGGCCAAAAGUUCUGAAUUAGAUUCGGUGAGCACAGUGCUUUGGCUACAACAGGCUGAUGCACUCAACACGUUCACCAAAAUGUGGUACCAUGUCUUCCUAUGGGCCUUUUUUUCAUCUUUAUUUGUCCAUACUAUUGCUGGACUCAUAGCAUUCCUAACGCUUAGGAAACACAAAUUCGGCAAGUUUUUUCCAAUAGCUAUACUAGUCAUGGGCGUGGUCACCCCAGCCGUGACAGGUGUAGUGAGUAGUGCUGCGGUAGCGUUCGUAUACAGAGCAUCGAGUUUACCAAUGAAUCCGCUUUAUGCUCUAUUCUGGGGUUGUGGUCAGACUAUAGUAGCUGGGUGUGUGGGUUUCACGAGGAUCUUGGCGACGUUGUAAUUAAUAGGUUAACUAAAUGCAAGUCCACACAGUGAGGUGGUCAAAAUCUUUGAAGCAUUGUGCACUUCUUCUAGGAUGAAACUAUAUUAUUUAUUUUAUACUGCGGGGAUAUGUGUAUUUUAUAAGAUUUAAUCUGUUAGUUUUAUACAUUUGUAUCGUUUGGAAAUUGUUAUUUCGGAUAAGUCAUGAUUUACCUAAGAAUAUAUCUUAUCUCUUUAGCAUCAACAGUCGUAUUAAUGAAGCAACAAUAUACAAGCUAAAAGUUUUACGAGCCGUCGCCGUGCUUCGGAGGGCACGCAAAGCCGUCAGUCACGACUGUCGUAAUAUAAUUUAUUCGGAAGGUCACAUGAACUUUACUUUUUUUUCUUAUUUCAUAUAGUUUUAUCCUUUUUUACCAUAAGGUAUUGUGUAAAAUGGUAUUAAAUGAGGCUACUAGAGGUUUACGACCAAAGUUGUACUUGGAUAAUUUACGAAAUACUACAAAGAGAUAAAGGGACUUAAUAAUAACUAAAAAUUUCAAACAUCGAAAGAAACUUUUUUUAAUGUUACAUUAGAAUACUGUUUUCUUUUAAAAUAACGUUAAUUUAUAUAUCUUUUAAUAAUAUUUGUGAAACCUACUUAGUUUCCUUCUCUGAUCACUUCUUUGAAUUUGAUACUGCCAAUGUUUCAUCACUUGCAUUGUCCUACCAAUAGGCCAAGGGUCAAUCCGUGCAAUUCAAUAGAUUUUCGAGAUUAUGCCCUUACCACAGUCGCACUUGUCAUCUUCUUCUUCUUAGAUUGCCACUUGUCAUCUUCUUAGUCGCACUUGUCAUUUUCUUCCAGUCCUAUCCAUUGACAACCGUUGCCAGUUUGCUGCGCCUAUUUUUCUCCCAUCAUCAUCUACACCAUCCUUCCAUCUGAGUUUUGGCCUGCCCCUAUUUCUACUUCGCACAGGUUGUGACAUAAGGAUUCUUCUAGGAGGGUUGUUCUGCUGUGCCCAUCUUAAUUUUCCUAUUGUUAUAAGAGAUACUACGUCUUUACCACCAAAUAUAUGUUUAUAUCUGUGGUAUACCUCGUAGUUGUACCUCCUCCUCAAUACACCAUUUUCACAGAUGCCACCGAAUAUUCCUGUCAGCAUCCAUCGUUCAAAUAUAAGCAGGAGGUUUUCAUCUGCCUGGGAGAUAGUCCAUGUCUCCGAUCCAUAUGUUAACCAUAAUGUAUAUGGUUAUUUUUGUUUUUUUGCUUAAGUUUCUGCUUAUCAUAUGUCUACUCAGCCCAAAAUAGCAUUUGUUUGCUAGGAUUAUUCUUCGCUUGAUUUCUUCUGUCAUGACGUUCUCCUUGGUGAUCAGGGAGCCUAAGUAUGUGAAUUUGUCCACCACUUCUAAGAUAGAGUCAUGAACCAUGAAUUGGUGACCGAUGUUUCUGGCUCUAUUAUUGGGUGUUGAUGCCAUCAUCCUAGUUUUCUCCUCGUUUACUUGCAGGCCCAUGUUUUUGAGGCAUUUGAGAAGGUGGUAUACAUUUCUUCUAGCUUGCGUGUUGUGCCUGUCAACCAGGUCCACAUAAUCUGCAUAUGCCAAAAUUUGGGAUGAUUUAUUAAAAAUAUUUCCUCUGUUGUCUAUUCGGGCAUCUCUGACGGCCUUUUGCAGAGCUACGUUGAAAAGGAGACACGCCAGCGCAUCUCUCUGUCGGAGCCCAACAUGCGAUUCAAACGCCUGUGAUUGUUCGCCCUGUAUUUCGACUUUGCAAACAACUUUACGCAUUGUAACCUUAACCAAUCUUAUCAGUUUAUCAGGGAUGUGGAAUUCAUCCAUGGCUUCAUACAAUUUAUUUCUUAGGACACUAGCAUAGGCCGAUCUAAAAUCUACGAAAAGAUGGUAUGUGUCGAUAUUGAAUUCAUUGGUUUUUUCCAGUAUUUGCCUUAGCGCAAAGAUCUGGUCUGUUGUUGAUCGACCAGGCCUAAAACCACUUUGAUAUUCGCCUGACUUCUAUUUACAAAUUUAAAAAUCCUGUUUAUAUUGCAAGUCAAGAUGUAGUAGGUUUAUAUAUGACUUUGACUUUUAAACCUUUUUACACCUAAUCAUCUCCUACAACCACCUAAACCUACUACAACCAUCUCAUCUUCUUAGAAACCUUGCGACAAAACCGUAAAACCAUUAUAUCUCGACUUGCACUAUGCCACUCAAAACUAGGCAUCUCUGACUUAUCCGAAACAUUUCGUACCUAAAGAAGAAGAAAUAGGACUACAAUACAUUGUUCAUAUCUAGACGCUAUCGUUUAGAAGCUAGGGAUGCUACCCGACUGAUCUUAAAUUAAUUCAAGCAUCUUAAUUAGUGACAGUGUACUACAUAUUCAUAGGUCCGUUUUCUACUUCUUUAGGUAUCUCAAACGACCUUAGGUUGGUAGUUUUGUUCAUUCUUGUCAUUUUGAUAUUAUGGAAACUGAGUUUCAUGUAUUGUAGCUUUGGUAUUAAGGUUUUUUAAGAGAAAAUCAUGAAUUAAAGGUUAGAAUGUAUUGAUUGACAGUAUACAGUAAGCGCCACGCUAGUAGACACACGGAUUCCUAUGUUAUUGCUAGGGUUAUGGGUUAAUCCGGCCCUUUCUCACAUGUGACUUUCAUGUCGGUUAUGUCAUGUAUUUUAGACUUUUACAACUUUAACACAUGACAACAGUAACAAUGACAACUAUAAACUUCAAAUACACCUGUUCUACAAACUUAACAAUAGUCGGUUCGCUAAACUCAGACAACUGGCUAGUGAUUUUAGUAAGUAAUUUUGCCAAUUUGGUAAAAUUGGCAAAAAUUAAUUACUAAAUAGUUAAUAAUUACUAAAUAGUUAGUAAUUUUGACAAUUUUGGCAAAAUUGGCCAAAAACAAAAAAUUACCUACUAAAAUCAGUAGCCAGUUGUGUCUGAGUUUAGCGAACAGACUAUAUCUAUGUUUAUACAGUGAACUCUCCCUUGAACGGACAGUAGUCGUUCCGCAUAAAGUGUCCGUUUAAAGGAGGUGUCCGUUGAAGAGAAAAAAAUAUGUUAACUUAAAAUUUUUAAAAUUAAGUGCAUGUACAUAUUGUAACAACACGAGCGUUCAGGUAUUUAUUUACGACUUUAUUAUUUAUUUAUACAAGUUUACUUUACAAACUUUAGCUUAAGACUAAACUCUAUUUACAAAUAUGCCCGUAUUUAUACCCAGUUGUUAUUCUGGAACAAUCGACGCCCAUCUCUAGCUAUCAGCUUGUUCCGCCUACGGGACGUACGUUCGAGAAGUCUCUCCUCCUCUCCGCCGAGGCCUAGAUCAUUCGAUUACGUCAUUCUCGAGGUGUUUACUGUUAUACGGCGGUCGGCCAAGAUUUCUCUUUCGUUACAAUAUGUAUGUAUUACUUAUAUGCACAUACAAAUAGAAAUACUAGUUUAACAUUACAUAGCACAAGUUGUGGAUGAGACGCAGCAUUGUCUCUAGGAACAAAAGAACUUUUCGAUUUUCUCUCUGCAUUUUUCUAUUAAAUGUAUUUAGCCAGCCUGUCAUGAUUUCCGUUGUCAUUUGUUAUGCACGACUUCUUGUUGAUGUACCAUUCGAUAGGUAAUUGUUCUGCGUGCGAAACCUUGAACCAACGUGGACUUUUACUGUUUCUCGUUACCAGUGUCCUUUCUUUGUCCCCCAUCAUAUUGGUGCAAAAUAUAAUUGUGAUUCUAUCUUUAGAAGCCUUACCUCCAGUGCACCUUUCUCCUUUCAGGGUAUAAGUUUUCUUGGGUAAUGCUGUUAACUCUAAAAAAAUAAUCGCCUCUCAUCUGCGUUAAAAAUGUCUCGCGGAGAGUAUACUUUCUCAUUAAAGUGAGCAGUUUUUCCUUCCAGUUAGAAACCACUAAUAAAUCUACAGGAGCUGUUUCGUCACACACAGAUUUGAAGCAAAUAUAUGGCGUCGCUUACAAAAUUUUUCGAGCCAUCCACCAGAAGCUUGUACAUUAACGCUUAGUUGCCCUGCAACUUCUAAUGCAUUGUAUUGAAUAAUUUUACCAGAAACAGGAAUAUUUUUAGACCGCACUUUACAAAAUCAAUCGAAAACAAUUACCUAUUUCUAGGUCUAAUGCAGCACCCCAAUCGACUUUUUCUUUCAUCAAACUUAAAACUUCCUUUUGGUAGUUUUGGCGGACUCCAUAUUAUUCACGUUGCAAAAACACUCAUAAAAAUAAUUGAAUAAUCUUAAUCAGACAUUUCGGUUAAAAUUCUUAAAUCCUUGUUCCAGUCAAAACAAUAAUUUAUUCCUGGUGUCGCAUUUCUUUCAUCGACGGACACACACAUUAAAUUUUUAUUACGUGAACAGUAUCAAAUAUCACGUUGUAGACAUCUUUGUUGAUUUUAAAAUGUAUUAUACGCAUUUAUAUUGCAAAAUAUUUGAAAAAAAAUGUUAAUUUUCUUCAUUUACUGUCCGUUCUUACCCUCAUUUACUGUCCGCGUGCGUUCUUGAGAGUGUCCGUCUAACGGAGUUAGAGGGUACAGGUUCAUAUAUCGCCGAAUGAUUUUUGUUUUAAAAAACAUCCGUAUAGAGGAGGUGUCCGGCGAAGAGAAGUGUCCGUUAAGAGAGAGUUUACUGUAUACAUUUUCUGGCGUUCUAGACGUCACUAGACAUUUCUAGGUUAUUCAAUGACAUCUCGAAUAUUCUCCAACUGAAUACUUCUUCUUUUACGCCAAGGAACUUUUUCUAUGUAGGAUCAAUAUGUUUACUUCGGUAUAAAAGUAAACAGUGCAACAAGUGAAGGGUCCAGGACUGUAUUAGACUAAUGUGCCGUGUGUCUACUAGCGUAAAGGUUACUGUAUAAGCAAACAAUUUAAUGCAUUUAAGGCAACUCAACAAUUUCUUCUUUUACAAUGGCGUUGCUUCAUUCUUCUUUGUAAUCUAUUUAAGAUUUAAAAUUUUUGUGGAAUAUAUUGGAAAAAGGAGAAUAAAAAAUAUUUAUCAUAACUAAUUGACAUAUUAUGAGAUCAAUAUACUAUAAUUGUUUAGGAAAUCGUUGUUAAAUUUGAAAGCUUGUGAAAUCGGAAAAAAAUAUAUUAUGGUUUCACUCUUAAUAAAAAACCUUUUGAUCAAACCGAUAUUAUAGUUUUAAAAGGUCAUAUUUGAUAUGUCACUAUUAUUGUCAUUUAGACAUUAACAGAAAAAUAUUUUUGACAAUCUACGGACAACUUUCCUGUAGCAGGUAUACGUUUCAGGCAUUUUUUCGACGAACUUCUAAAGGUAGCAAAAAUGAUAAAUGUUCGGAUAAAAAUACAUAGUCUUAGUUUACAUAAUUUAACAGUUUUGAGUUUGAGUAGAUUGUUUAAAAUUUAGUCGAAAUUUCGCAGCACUGCAACUUUCUUCGUUUACACUAAUAUUUAAGGUGUAAACUACAUAUAUUUUAAAUAAGCUAUGACGUCACGUUGUAAUUUAAAAACAGUAAAAUCGCCUGUAAACAAUUACGUCAUUGCAUGUUUAUAAUAAAUGAGUUAUACAACACUUCUGUUAAAGGCUUUAACUGGGAUUCGUCGAAACCAGAGCAAUAAUACAAUUAAUUAUAGAACAGCUAAAGCCUAUUUGUAAAAAGAUAUUGUUCUACGCUAAGCUAUUGUGAUUAUUCAAAAUUUUAUAUUAUAUUGGAUAUAACAUACUACUAAUUUCACGAAUGUGAACAUUUCUGAAAGGUACAUACCAUCAAUCGAUUGUCUUUCCAUGAUGUUUCCAGUUAUUCACUGAAAUCUGCUAUUUUCUAUCUUAUUCUUUAAGUGACAUCUCCGCGACGGUGGUCGGCAAUCAUCAUAGCUAUUGGGACUAGAGACGGCUGCUCUGAACAGUUCAUUUGAUGUACAUCCGUACCAUUCUCUCAGGUUACGCAGACACGAUAUUCUGCGUCUCCCUAUGCUUCUUUUUCCUUGAAUCUUUCCCUGCAUAAUCAAUUGGAGCAAGUUGUAUCUCUCUCCACGUGUAAUAUGUCCGAGGUAUUUUAAUUUUCUUGUUUUGAUUGUAUUCAAGAUUUCCAUUUCUUUAUUAAUAUUUCUCAGAACUUCUUUGUUUGUGACUUGUUCUGUCCACAACAUUUUCAGAAUUCUUCUGUACACUCACAGCUCGAAUGAUUCUAGUUUUUUCAUUGAUGUCACAUUGAAGGUCCAAGCUUUCAGUCCAUAAAACAAAGUCGAGAAAACGUAGCACCUAGCCAACCUAACUCUUAUCUCCAACUUUAAAUAUCUUGUGCAGAGCACUUUUCUCAUUUUGUUAAAAUUUGCUUUAGCCUUUUCUAUUCUGAUUUUGAUUUCCUGGAAGUAAUCAUCUGUGGAGUUGAUCAUUGUUCCCAGAUAUGCAUAUUGGUCGACUCGUUUUACAUAUUGGAUCAGUUUAGGAAGAGAUUCUCGUUAUGUUUUUGAGUUUUCGAUAUUCUCAUAAAUUUUGUCUUCUUUUCUAUCUAAAACUCCACAAACAUUUAGUAUUUACUAAAGGCAGAUGUUUCAGCGUCAACUCUACAGUGAAGUAUUUCAACAUAUGAACAACUAUUUAUGUGUGGAUGGUGAUUAUGGUGAACACAUUUAAGAGGGGAGAAUGGUUUGCCUAUACUUAAUUAUUAAUAGCUGUCUCAUUUGCUUGUUCAAAUAAUCGUGUGUGCUUAUGUCUUUUUAAAAGUUCUGUCUGUUUGUCCUAUGUAAACUUUUAAAGAAGUUAAUUUAUGAACACUGUCUCAUAUUCCAUAAUUACCCCAUUCUGCACUUGAGGAGCCAGACGUUUAGCCAUAGACAUGGUCGCAAGAUUAUAGUCGCUACUAUGUUCGUUCAAUAAGUCCUUGGCAUCUCCAAUAGGUGGAGUGUGUAGUAUAGAAAAUACUUUAACCCCUUCGUGCCAGACCGUCAUUCGGCAAGUCGGCUCCUAUAUACGGAUUCGAGCGCUUACCGAGUCGGUUAAAAUACACACUACAACUAAUUAAAGUUAAUCUAUUAAUAAAACUAAUUUUAGAAAUAAAACUAUUUUUAUUAAAUUUAUUAUUCUACAUAGUAUGUGAGUUAAAUUAAUUUUUAUCCAUAAAAUACCAUUUUAAACAAAAAUUAUUAAAAAGUAUAAACAAGAUAAUUCGGAUGGAAUUCCCCAGAUUAUUUUGUGCUUGAUAUCGUCCCAGUCUCCUAAUCUGGGAAAUUCCAUCCGAAUGAUCUUGCAAGGGAUAGUAAGGUAAGUUGUAAACAGCGGCACAGUAACUUCACCUCCCACACAAUCCCAUCAGUCAAACAUCCAAACAACCUUAUCACCAAUCAAAUUAACUAAAUCUAAUCUCCUCCUGGACAUCACCCAAUUUUAGGCGUGGCCACUUUUAGAUUUGAAUAAGGUAAUUCUGACGGAACAAAAAUACCUGAAAUAUGAUGCAGAUGGUGGCACCGCCGUAUGAGCGAAAACUCAUGAUGCACCCGUGUGCAUCACCGUACUGAGCGGACAGUCAAGCAUGAUGCACACGGGUGCAUCACCGUACCGAAGGGGUUAAGCAUCAUUUUUCAACUAGCGGUACGAAAAUGGUAAUCUGCGCAGGUUUUUCUUAGAAUGCGUGUAUUGUAUGUAUUAUAUCAUUCACUGAGGUAAUUUUUCUUUAUGUACCUACACUGUUUUAUAUCAAAUAUAAUAUAAUUAUAUUUUCAUUUGGAAAAUUGAACAAAAUAAUUUAGGAAAGUGACAAGAUAUUAGGUUAUAUUGCUGCGAAAUUAAAAAAGUUACCUAAAAUAUUUGAUGCUAAAGUGUCAUAACUUUGUACUGUGAUAUCCUUUUAUUUAUACAUCGUAAUUAACAAAAAGUUUCAUAAUUAAAAAACUACGUGUAAAGAUAUAUUCAAAUGCAUAAAACUGUUGAGUUCCUUCCUUCUAGAUCGAUCAACUUAAUACCCUAUUAAUUCCUCCCCUUAAUCCCUUAAUUUCCUAUUACCAGAACAAUUCAGUAGUUCACAUUGAACCAGAUUCUUAAGUUUUGAAGCUGCCAGAUUGUUCGCCUCAUUCUCUCAUAUAAUUUUCUUUGUAGAGUAAGUUGAAGCAGCCUAAUUUUGUAUAUAAUCCUAUAUUAAUGAUUCGAUGGAUUCAGAAAAGUCUCAAACACGCUUGCAUUACCAAAUUUCUAAAGCAUUCUUGUUUUAUUGGCCACAAUUGCCUUUUUGCAUUUCACGGUGAUGUGUACUCACCCCAGAGAGAUUUAAACAAUAUAAAUGGGUUUUGGAACUAAAACCCAACUUUAAAUAGAUCAAAAGGUGCAGAAAAACAUUGUCCUUCUAUUCUGAAGCGAAAUUUGACACGAUAGAUCGGAAUUGCCAACAUACAAAUAAACAUUGUAUCGACUUGGAGUAAGUCAUAGACAUUUUAUAUAUGUCUGGAAUUAAUUACGGGAAAUAUCUUCUUCUUCUUUUACCGGUUGGUGAUUUAUCUCUUGUUAUUUUGACCACACGUGUCUCCCCCAUUCUGGUUAUGUGUUUAUUCCAUUCUUUUUUUUUUAUAUUGUGUGUCCCUUCGUUUAUACACUCUAUGUUACAUUGUCUUCUAAUGUCUUCACUCCUUUUUCAAUCUCUCAACGUAUUACCUGUAAUUCUUCUCAGUGUUCUCAUCUCUGCCGUUUCCAAUUUCCAAUAGUCUUUGUGUUGUGGCUGUAUCGGGUCUUGUUUCUGCUUAUGUCAUUAUUGGUCUUAACACUGACUUUAUAAAUUCUUGACUUCAUCUCAGUGUUAAUAUGUUGGUUUAGCCAUAUAGUCUUAUUGAGACAUCCUGCCAAUGUAUUUGAUUUUUUGUACUUGAUUUCUCACUUCUUUGUCCAGGUCUCGGUAGCUUGACAAUGUAAUUCCAGGGCAUUUUAUUUCCAUUACUUAUUCAAUACUGAUACCAUCAAUUUCUAUUUUACAUCUGAUUGGUUCUUUACUGAUUAGUAUUGUUUUAGUUUUCUGAGAUGAAAUUGUCAUAUUGAAUUUGCUUUCAUGUUAAACCUGUGGACUAAUCUAUGCAGAUUAUCUUCAUCUUGGGCUAUCAAUAUUGCGUCGUCUGCGUAACAGAGUAUUUUUACCCCUUUGUUUCCCAUUCUGAAUUAUCUUCCUUUGUUGACGUUUUUGAUGAUUUCAUCCAUGAUUAAAUUAAUGAGCAUAGGACUCAAUGAGUCUCCCUGCCUUAUUCCACUGCCUAUGUCUAGAGCUUCUGUAAGUUGUCCAUAUAUUCUGACUUCCAUUUUGUUGUUUUGGUACUUGCUUUCAAUAGUUUUUAUGAUAUCUAGGGGGAAUUCUCUAUUAUACAGAAGAUGGAUUACAUCUUUGAGUCCUACUCUGUCAAAUGCUUUCUUGAAGUCAAUCAGAUAUAGAAAUGCUGGUCUAUUAUACUCUAGUGAUUUCUCUUUCUUGAGGAGAAACAGAUAGAGUAACAACCAAAAAAACAAAGAAAGAAAAGUAUACUAUGAUGUAGUUGUUUGUCGAAAAGAUCUUUGUUUGUGAUGUUGAAUUAUUUGAAUUUAUUUUUAUUGUCAAAUCGUCAUUGAAACGCUCAAUCUUCACUGUAAAUUAUUGUUAUACAGUUAAAUCAAAACAGAUCUCAGUGAUUUUGUUAUUUAUUUUCCGUUAUAGAUUUUUAAAGAAUCUGUAGCAUUUAAAUUGUCAGAAGUGUGUGUAUUUAAAGUCUUGGUUUUGUUGAUAAAUCAAAUAGAAUUUCUUGAUUAUGAAACUCUUUGUUGCAAAUAUAUUUUUUGUAGAGUUGUUGGCUUUAGUAAGUUAUUUAUAAACACGAAAAAAGUUUUGUACAAAUUUUAGAAAUGUAUUACUUUGUUCAAACAAACAUAAAUACUAUUUAGUAAUCAUCGGAUAUGUAGUAAAUCUCUGGUAAUAGCAAAACUGGACCAGGAAGAUUCUUCACGUAUUAAAACAUAUACUUAUAUAAUAAAACUUUAAAAAGGGUAAA